ACUACACUGGAUGGUCGGUAAUAUUCCUAACGGAGAUUUAACUCAGGGGGAGUCAGUCUGCCAGUAUCUUCCACCAUGCCCUGUUAAAGGAACUGGUUAUCACAGAAUUGUGUUUUGUCUUCUGAAGCAAACAACACGCUAUGAUUACGAGGCUAUUCACACAAGACAUAACACAAGAUGUCUCGUCAGCAGAUCGUUUAAAACAUCGACGUUUUUGGACAAUUUUCAACUUGUUCCUCAGGCACUUUCCUUCUUUCAAGCAACCUGGGACAUGUCCGUAUCAAAUAAUUUCACAAAAAUCUUGGGUAUAAAAGAACCCGUGUAUGACCUGGAGCCAUUCUUGACACCGAACCAAAGAAAACGUUCACAAGUUAGAGAGAUAUUCGCAAAAAAAUACACAAAUAUGUAACGAGUUUUGCUCUCUGUAAAUCGGUCUAAAUAAAU